UUUUUUAGAACAAAUAUUGAUAAUCAAUCUAAAAUGGCUUAAAGAAGAAUUUAUUUCUUGUUAGUACUUUUUGUAUUAUGCAUACUCAUCUAAACUGAAGCAUAGUCAAUUAAAAUUCCUUUAAGGUUCAAAGAUAAUAAACUAGUUUUAUCUACAGCUUUCGGUAAAAAUUAGUGCUAAAUAGAUGCUGAAAUUCAAUUCAACUUAUGCACAAGUAUUAUAUCUAAAUUAUCAGAUAAUUAAUCCACUGAUAAUUGUGGUUCUGAAAGCACAGGUGAAAUUGAUUUACUCACUGGAGAUAACAUAUAUGUUGCCCCUUUUGAUUUAAAUGGGCUUAAAACAAGUCUCACCUUCAAUAUCCCAAGUCCUGAUUAAACUUUAAAUUAUGGAUUAAAAAGUUUGUGUUUCGGUUUUGGUUCAUACUAAUUAUAAUCAGUACUCAGAAAUUUGUUUAACUAAGGCUAAAUAAAAUAACCUAUAGCUUAUUUGUAUCUUGAUAAUGUUCUUUAAAAUCAAAAAAAAGGAGAUGUUACUGGCUUUAUCGAACUAGGAGAGCUUUACUAACCUAAGAUUUAAAAGAGCGAUUACUUAAAAUAUUUAAUAAGUGGCAACCGAGGAUCAUAUUAUUCUAUUAAAAAUGUGUUAUAAUUUUAAUUCUUAGGAUAAACUUUUAAUCUCUCAACAAACCAAUCGCAUUUUAACUUUAACUCUCCAUAUUACAGCUUCAGCACAGAAGUUAUUUAGCAAAUUUUGAAAACUUUUAAGAAAAAAGAUAUUUAGUAUAAAAUCAAGGCUAAUCCUUAAAAACAGUCAAGUGAUAAAUCUAUGUAUAUUGUACCAUAUAUUGAUUAGAUGGAUGAUAUUUAGGUUAUUUUUACUUAAGAAUCUACUGAAUAUUCUUACACCAUUUCCAUAUCACCAGAAACAUUUUCUAGAAAAAUUGAAAAUGAUGACUAUGAGUUACUAUUUGAGGAAGUAGAUUCUGGAAUUGAUUUCCGUUUUGGAAACACUAUCUUCUAGUCAUAUUAUUUUGGAUUCAAUCAGCUUGACAAUAAAAUAUAAGUGGCUAAAAGAGGUAAGUAGAAAAUAAUUUCGAUUUGA